AUGGCGGAUUCCUUGCUUUCUUCUAUCGCUACUUUUCAUACGAUGAAAAUUAUCGUCACUGACCCAGCCAAGUUCUCCUUCAUUGGACCUAUUCCUGAAGCCAUGCUCGGUCAUAUUUUAGCGUCGAGUAGUGUUCUUCAACAGUACAGAAAGCGUCCCUCACUUGGCCCCAGAGAACUCACACCUACUAUGGUUCGUUCAAUUGAAGAGGCUGAUAAGCCAGCCAAGAGUGCUGCUCCUUCCCAACCUCAACUCAAAAAGAAGAAGAAGCCCGCUAGGAGACUUAUUCUUCAAUCCUCCAGUGAUUCGGAUUCAGAAUAUGUUCUUCCUAUGCAGAAGAACGCACUUCCUUCAGAGUCCGAGAGCGAAAGUUCUGAUGAAGAGGCUUCGGGUCGAGGUGAUACUCCGACUCGCUCCCCUACUCCAGAAAUUCCGGUUCACUCUUUUCCUCCUUCACCUCCACCUGUUACCAUUCCAGUUUCUAUCCCUCCUGUCUCUCCAAUAACCACCUCUCAACCAUUCACUACAAUUCCCAUUCCCACUCCUAUUUUCACAGAUACAACCACUACCACUUCCACCACUAAACCUGCCUUUACCGCUUCGAAUCCACCUAGCGAGGAUGAUGACGAUGAGCCAAUUACCAAACGUCAUCUCAAAGCAGUAAAUGACAAGAUUGAUCAACUACUUUCAUCUUCUUCCUCUGGUACCCAUUCAGAAGCUGCUUUAAAAUCAUUGUUCUCGUCGGUUGUUGCUGAACACAGUGCUACCCUAUUUGCUGCAGCCAAGGCUAUUGAAGCCUCCUCUUCCCAAUGUCAACAGUCGUCUCUCGCUGUUGAUGCCUCGACUAAGGAGUGCAAGGAAGCGACCCCAAAAGUCAAUAAACUAAUUUCAGAAGCUCACUUGUUUCUAGAUUCCUUGCAGGCUGCUGCUGCCAAGAAUGCUGCAACUGUCAACACUUCAGUAGAGACUCUUUAA